AUGGCUCUGGCAAUUCUGCAGGACUGGUGUGGGUGGAUGGGUGUCAACGCCCAGCGCUCACUGCUUAUCCUGGGCAUCCCCGAUGACUGUGAAGAAGAAGAAUUUCGGGAGGCAGUGGAGGCUGCCCUCAGGCCCCUGGGCAGGUACCGAGUGCUUGGCAAGGUGUUCAGAAAGGAGAUUGGAGCAAAGGUCGCUUUGGUUGAAUUCACCGACAAUUUAAACCAAAGUUUGAUCCNCCAACAAAUACCAAAUAAUAGGGGGUCCUGGAGUGUGAUCUUCCUGCCUCCAGUCCCUGAAGUCGAGUCACAGGAUACAUUCAAUUUCCCUGCACAGGCUCAUGGGCAAGCUUUGGAAGGGGCUUCAGGUGGGGCAGGGGUUUCAGGAGCUGCAGGUGAGGUGGGAGCUGCAGGAGAGGGAGGAGUUUUAGUUUCAGGUGAAGAGGGGUCUGCAGGGGAUGAGGAAUCUGGGAGUGACGAGGGCUCUGCAGGGGAUGAAGGAUCUGUGGAUGGUGGAGGAGCUGUGGGUGAAGCAGGAGCUAUAGAUGAGGAUGAGGCAGGAGCUGUAGGUGAUGCAAGAAUGUCAGAUGAGGAGGGAGCUGCAGGGGACAUGGGAGUUGCAGGGAUCAUAGGAGCUGUAGGAUUGGCAGGAGCUGUAGGUGAGGCAGGAGGUUCAGGUGAGGAAGGAGCCUUUGAUGUGGCAGGAGGGGCACAUGGGGCUGGAGCCUGGACCCAGCAGUGGAGCCAAGCCCUGCAGCCCAUCCUGGAAAACAUGGCCUACCAGGAGCUGAGACACUUCUCUGGGAUGGAAGAGCCUGGCUGUGGGGGUCAGUCUUUCGAGAGCUGGCUGGACUAUGCCGAUGACAUGCUAUACCUGUGGCGCCACAUAUCUGAGAGGGAGAGGAGGCGGCAUCUGGUGGAGAGCUUGGAAGGGGGUCUCUCUCUGGCCCUAGGAAAGAAAAAAAUGUGA